AUGGUAUCAGAGCAUUCAUCUGGGAUUAGGGCUGGAGAUAAAGGAAGGAAGGAGGCUGGAGGAGCUCAACUCAAGAAGGAUGAAUCGCUUGAGACAGAAUUAGGGUAUUUGUAUGCUCGAAUGGAGAAUCAAGGACAUCAGAUCCAACAGAACGCUGAAUCGAUGGCCUCUCUUCAGUUGAAGACGGACCAAAAGUUUAAAGAGGUCUUGAGUGCCAUCGCCAAGAGCCGACCGGAAGAGCCCAAUGGGAAGAAAUCAGUGGUAUCAACACCGGAAGUUGAAACAAGGAAGAGAGAAACUGUUUUGAAGGAAGGAGGGACCAACCGGAGGUUCCACAAACUUGAGAUGCUCUUGUUUAAUGGAACUAACGCAGAGGAGUGGAUUUUUAAUGUGGAAAGGUCAUUCUACACGUAUAAGGAUGAAGAAAUGAUGAAGGUUGCUAUGAGUUCUCUAGAAGGCGACACCUUACUUUUCUAUGAAUGGGAGCAUCGGAGGUGGCCCAUACGAGAUUGGGAAGAGCUUAAAGAAUUAAUACGUCGGCGGUUCAAAUCUUCUAAUGACGCAGCGGAACAUAUUUUGGCGAAUUCUCCGUUUGGAUCGCUAGAAUAUUCCAACCAUGACAGCAACAAGAAUGCAGUUCCGAUCCCAGGAGGUCCCAAGCUACCUUCCGAAGAGCGAGAGAUGCCCUUGUUCGAUGGUAAUCAGUUGGACUGGAUCCUAGAGGCUGAAUGGCAUUUUUCUUUUAAAGGAUUGAGAGAAGAAGAGAAGCUUGAGGCUGCAGUAAUGGCUCUUCAAGGCGAUGCCCUAUUGUGGUAUGAAUGGGAGCAUCGAAGACGACCGAUUAGAGAUUGGCAAGAGAUGAAGAACUUGAUUCGUUGUAGAUUCAGAACACCCACGUCAGCACUACCACCGUUCCGGGAACUGGAAGCAAGGAACAGGGACAAGAGAGAUUCGCUUUUGAACCAGGAAGGAGCAGUUAGGGAUCGUCGGAAGCUAGUAGCGUAUUCUCAGGCCGCCACAGUAACAGAGCACAGACCUAGCAUGACGGCUCCGUUAAACAAAGUAACGGAAGAGGGAUACCCAGGUCAUCGAAGAAAUGGGCUGGAAAGCAAGGAAAGGGUCGAAUUUGGCAAGUUGGGCCUACAUGCUUAG